UCUCAAACGCACACUCCCUCACGCUUCAAACCUUCACUACUUCUUUCUCUCAUGCUCGAAGCUUAGCUCCGCACCACGGGUUCGAUUCCUCGACCGUGAGAAGCCAUGACGGACGGCCACCUCUUCAACAACAUCUCCCUUGGUGGCCGCGGCGGCACGAAUCCAGGGCAGCUUAAAAUAUUUUCAGGAGGAAUUUUAUGGAAAAAACAGGGAGGUGGUAAAGCAGUCGAGGUUGAUAAAGCUGACAUUGUCGGCGUAACAUGGAUGAAGGUCCCAAAGACUAACCAACUUGGUGUUCAGAUUAAAGACGGGUUAUACUACAAGUUCAUUGGAUUUCGUGACCAGGACGUCACUAGUUUGACCAAUUAUUUUCAAAAUACAUGUGGGUUAACACCGGCGGAGAAGCAACUUUCUGUAAGUGGACGUAAUUGGGGAGAAGUCGAUUUAAGUGGGAAUAUGCUGACUUUCUUGGUUGACUCCAAGCAAGCAUUUGAGGUAUCUUUGGCUGAUGUCUCACAAACACAACUUCAGGGAAAAAAUGAUGUCAUCUUAGAGUUCCAUGUGGAUGAUACCACAGGAGCUAAUGAGAAAGAUUCGUUGAUGGAAAUAAGCUUUCAUAUACCCAACUCCAAUACUCAAUUUGUUGGUGACGAGAGCCAUCCUCCUGCUCAGGUUUUUCGUGACAAAAUCUCAUCGAUGGCAGAUGUUGGUUCUGGAGGUGAAGAUGCUGUUACCACAUUUGAUAGCAUUGCAAUCCUCACACCAAGGGGUCGCUACAGCGUGGAACUUCAUCUUUCAUUCUUGCGGCUACAAGGACAGGCUAAUGAUUUCAAAAUUCAGUACAGCAGUGUUGUUCGGCUGUUUCUACUUCCGAAGUCUAACCAGCCUCAUACCUAUGUUGUUGUUACUCUUGAUCCUCCUAUCCGUAAAGGGCAAACAUUGUACCCACAUAUUGUUUUGCAGUUUGAAACUGACCUCGUGUAUCAAACCGACCUGGCAAUGAGUGAAGAACUUAUGAACACGAAGUACAAGGACAAGUUAGAACUAUCUUACAAGGGACUAAUGCAUGAAGUGUUCACCACAAUACUGCGUGGCUUGUCUGGUGCCAAAGUUACGAAACCGGGAAAAUUUCGCAGCUGUCAAGAUGGUUAUGCUGUCAAAUCUUCAUUGAAAGCUGAAGAUGGUGUUCUAUAUCCUCUGGAGAAGAGCUUCUUUUUUCUACCAAAACCUCCCACCCUUAUUCUUCAUGAUCAGAUUGACUAUGUGGAAUUUGAGAGGCAUGGCGCUGGAGGUUCAAAUAUGCACUAUUUUGAUCUUCUCAUCAGACUCAAAAGUGAGCAAGAACACCUGUUCCGAAACAUUCAGAGGAAUGAAUAUCAUAAUCUUUUUGACUUCAUCAGUUCAAAGGGUCUCAAAAUCAUGAACUUAGGAGAGGGCCAAGCAGCAAAUGGUGGUGUGGCUCCUCUUCUUGAUGACGCAGAUGAUGAUGCUGUUGACCCGCAUCUUGUCCGUGUGAAGAAUGAAGCUGGUGAUGAUGAGAGUGAUGAAGAGGAUGAAGAUUUUGUUAUUGACAAGGAUGAUGGAGGUUCUCCUACUGAUGACUCCGGUGAGGAUGAUUCUGAUGCUAGUGAAAGCGGAGGUGAAAAAGAGAAGCCUGCAAAAAAGGAGUCUCGUAAGGAACCUUCAACUUCCAAGGUACCAUCUUCCAAGAAACAAAAAACCAAAGAUGCAGGUGAAGAUGGUUCAAAGAAGAAAAAACAGAAGAAGAAAAAGGAUCCAAAUGCACCGAAAAGAGCGAUGUCUGGUUUCAUGUUCUUCUCAAACAUGGAGAGAGAGAAUGUAAAGAGAGAGAACCCUGGAAUUGCGUUUACUGAUGUGGGGAGAGCACUUGGAGAGAAGUGGAAAAAGAUGUCGGCCGAUGAAAAGGAGCCAUAUGAAGCAAAGGCUCGUCAAGAUAAAGAACGCUACAAAGAUGAAAUUAGUGGCUACAAGAACCCCCAACCCAUGAACAUAGAUUCGGGCAACGAAUCUGAUUGAAAGCGCGUCGAUUAAGAUAGGAAAUGGAACGAGGCAGUUUUUAGUUCGAAGAGUAGUGUUUCCUUUGGCUCUUGCUCAUCGGUAGGAUUUGUGUUAGUUUCUUUCUAGCAUCUAUGUAUUUUAUUUGUACAAUGUAUGGUUAACAUUAUAUACUUGAUGUACUAGUUAGGUCAUAAAAUACCCGUUUUUGUGCAAGACGACUAUUUUCAGAUACUCCGAGUUUCCAGUACGGUGUCUUGCAUGCUUGUAACCCAAAAAUAUUUGUAGUGCUCUUCUUUCACUGUUAAUAGAACAACUACUUCCGGUA